AGGCGGGCGGGGGAGUGAGGCAUUUGGCUCCCCGCCCUCUCCCCUGGUGGCGGAUCGCUCGCCGCGGCCACACCUCGGGCGCUGCCCCUUCGCCGGCAGCUCGCUCCGAGGCGCGGCUCCCGAGGCGGAGCCUCCCCGGCUGCCACCGCCGCCCCCCGCCCCGGACCCCGGACCCCCACCUUGGAGGGGGACGAGGGGCGGGCGCGGCGCUGUCUUCCCUCCGCGCCCGGGGGCCGCGUGGCUUGCGGCUUAUUUUCCCAGCUGGCAGGCGUCGCGCUGCAGACAAGGGAAUGCCUGUGGUCCUGUGCGUUCCGGAGCUCAGGCCCCCCCUGAUCCCGCCGAGUCCCCUGCAGGAGUGGAGGGGUUAAGCAUGAUGAGGAAGAAGAGGAAGCGAGAAGCUCCCUCCAGUCCAUGCCGCAGCCACGGGCCCGCACCCGCCACGGCGCCCCCAAGAUCUGCAUGGACGGGCAUGGGCUUGAGAGCAGCACGUUCCUGCGCCCCCGCCGCCGAGCAGCGCCGCCAACCCCGGCCCUGCCCGCCGCCGCCGGCGCCGCUGCUGCUGCUGCUGCUGCUCAGCCUCGGGCUGCUCCACGCAGGUGACUGCCAACAGCCAGCCCCGUGUCGGAUCCAGAAAUGCACCACGGACUUUGUCUCCCUGACUUCGCACCUGAACUCUGCCUCUGACGGCUUUGACUCUGAGUUUUGUAAGGCCCUGCGUGCCUACGCUGCCUGCACGCAGCGGACUUCGAAAGCCUGCCGCGGCAACCUGGUGUACCACUCGGCCGUGUUGGGCAUCAGUGACCUCAUGAGCCAGAGGAACUGCUCCAAGGAUGGACCCACGUCCUCCACCAACCCUGAAGUGACCCACGACCCCUGCAGCUAUCACAGCCACGCGGGACCCCGAGAACACAGGGGAGGAGAGCAGAGUCCCCCCAGCUACCUUUUCUGUGGCUUGUUCGGAGACCCGCACCUUAGAACGUUCAAGGAUCACUUCCAGACGUGCAAGGUGGAAGGGGCCUGGCCCCUCAUAGACAAUAAUUAUCUUUCUGUCCAAGUGACAAAUGUGCCCGUGGUCCCUGGAUCCAGUGCCACUGCUACCAACAAGAUCACUGUCAUCUUCAAAGCCCACCAUGAGUGCACCGAGCAGAAAGUGUACCAAGCUGUGACCGACGACCUGCCGGCCGCCUUCGUGGACGGCACCACGAGCGGCGGGGACGGUGAUGCCAAGAGCCUGCGCAUCGUGGAGCGCGAAAGUGGCCGCUACGUGGAGAUGCAUGCCCGCUACAUCGGGACCACCGUGUUCGUGCGGCAGCUGGGUCACUACCUGACCCUGGCCAUCCGCAUGCCCGAGGACCUGGCCAUGUCCUUCGAGGAGAGCCAGGACCUGCAGCUGUGUGUGAAUGGCUGCCCCCUGAGCGAACGCAUCGAUGAUGGGCAGGGCCAGGUGUCUGCCAUCCUGGGCCACAGCCUGCCUCGCACCUCCCUGGUGCAGGCCUGGCCCGGCUACACACUGGAGACGGCCAGCACUCAGUGUCAGGAGAAGAUCCCAGUGAAGGACAUCUACUUCCAGUCCUGUGUCUUCGACCUGCUCACCACCGGGGAUGCCAACUUCACGGCUGCAGCCCACAGUGCCUUGGAGGACGUGGAGGCACUGCACCCGCGCAAGGAGCGCUGGCACAUCUUCCCGAGCCCUGGCAGCGGGGCCCGCCUCGGGGGCGGCAGCUGGCCUAUCAGUCUGGGACUCACAAGCUUGAUCCUUAUCAUGUUUUUGUAGGGAUUGUCUCUUAUGUUUGUUUGGAUUUUUUCUUUUUUUUUUUUUUUUGUCUAUAACAAAAUUUUAAAAUAUAUAUUGUCAUAAUAUAUUGAGUAAAAAGAGUAUAUAUGUAUAUACCAUGUAUAUGACAGGAUGUUCGUCCCGAUUGACUCCUCCCCUCCUCCCCUUCCCUCGCACCCCCACCAGAUUGUACAUACUGCGUUUGGCUGUUUUCACCUAUGUUGGAUGUAGUGUCUCUGAUUGUAUCAAUUUUGUUUUUGCUGUUUUGUGAAAUGUUUUAUAAUGUCCCUGCCUGGGGACCUGUUAGAAAGCACUUUAUUUUUUAUAUAUUAAAUAUUUAUGCGUGUA